AUGGAUCGACACAAUUGCCAUCUCGGGGCAGCUCGGCAUCGCCGUGUCCCCUCUACACCACCACAGAUGGCGCAAUCUGCCGAGAAAAAAACCCCGAAGCCUGAUCCACCCAAGCCCAAGAGACCCAAGAAACGCAAGCAACCCAGCAGCGGUCAAAUUGCCGAGGAGUUUAUCAUAAGCACGCUAGAGAAAGGCAUCGAGGGCUUGAGAAGAGAAUUCAACCGGAACCCUCGCAUCUACGAUACGGCCAAGUGCACGGUAAGCUGCCGCAAUCCGACGUUGAACAGAUACAAGGAUAUCGGUUGCCACGAUUACAAUCGCGUGCACGUUGUCGGCGCCAACCCCGACGAGUACAUCCACGCGAACUACGUGGGCAUCGAGGAGAACCCGAAGUGCUUUAUCUGCACCCAAGGGCCGAUGGAGACGACGUGCGCCGACUUCUGGAUGAUGGUCAUCCAGCAGAAAGCCUGGGUUUGCGUGGUCUUAAGUGGCAGGGCCGCUGUA